ACUGCUGCAUGUGCUUCUAGUUAACACCCAUAAUCCACCCAUCAUGUUUUUCAUGUAUUAUUCUACGCUUGCCAAGUGUCUGUGACUGUGAGUGAGGAGAACGGACAGAUGACACUCCACCCAGUGAGGUUAUAGCGCUGAUGUAAUUCAAUCUCACAAACUAAUGUAAAAAAUGUUUAUAAAAAAUACUUUGGAUAGACACAAAUCAAAUUCACGAUUCUCCACUAAUGAAAAUGCUUAGUUUGCUAAUUACAGGACAGAGUAAACAAUAAAUACAAUGAAUGCACAUUACUAUUGAUGAUUAACAACUGUAACAAAAAGCCACUGAUACACUGAGUAGUAAAUGAUGCAGUGCAAUACAAGAUAAUACUACUUCUAGUAUAAUUAUAAUAAUAACUAACAAUAAUAAUGUGAAAUAACUUGCAGUGCAGAACUGCAAUAAUGUAGCCAUGGACUGCCAGAAAAAAAAGGCUUGUUGAUCUGUUCAACACUGUUAAAUUAAAAUCAUCUGUUCAUCAUGCUGUUACGCAGCUUGUGACGGGCAGCUUCCCUUUAGUGGAGCAGAUCAGUGUGCUUGCUUUCUCAAAGGCUUCUAGCUACAUGUACAGUGAGCAAUAUGGAUUUUAAAGCCAUCAAGCUUCUUAUUUGUGUCGUUUGUCUGGUGCAGUCCAGCCCGGAGCAGAGCUCUACAAAGAGAAAAAAAGAGUCGAACAGUGCUGCUAUUGAGGAGCUGAAGAAACAGAUCGAUCAGAUUGUGCAAGAUCUGAAUCUGUUGAAGGAACAACAAGCUUUACAAACAGUUUGCCUGAAAGGCAUCAAGAUCCCAGGCAAAUGUUUUCUUGCAGACACGAUGAAGAAGACCUUUCACGUGGCAAACGAUGACUGCAUUGCAAAAGGUGGAACACUCAGCAGCCCUCUUUCUGGCGAUGAGAACGACCAGCUGUACGAGUACGUCCGGCAGACCAUCGGGCCAGAAGGGCACAUCUGGUUGGGUGUAAAUGACAUACUGAAGGAGGGCGAGUGGACUGACCAGACAGGCUCACCAAUACGCUUUAAGAACUGGGAAUCAGAGAUCACCCAUCAGCCUGACGGAGGCCGCAGUCAGAACUGUGCCAUCCUGUCCAGCACAGCCAACGGGAAGUGGUUUGACGAGGACUGCCGUGGUGAAAAGGCGUCUGUCUGCCAGUUCAACAUCGUCUAAACUCUUAGUAGAGCUACAUGCUAUAGAAUGAUGCAUGGUGAACAUACAGUAUAUACAAUACACAACCAAAAGUAUGUGGACACUGAAAUGUCCUAAACUCUUAAAAGUAAAGGUUCCAAAAAAGGAGUUUUUGCUGUGAUGCCAUACACUCUUAAAAAUAAUGGCUCCAAGAGGAGUUUUCCACAGCUGUUCCAUAGAAGAACCAUUUUGGGUUACCCAAAGAACCUUUCAGUGAACAGUUCCUAAAAGAAACUUCUCAAAAGAAUUUUUGUCUUUGUAAGAAAAACAUUUUAAUAAUCUAAAGAAUCUUUUCCACUAUAAAGAACCUUUUGAGGAAUGGUAAGAUUCCAUGGAUGUUAAAGUCUCUUCAUCGAACCAUCAAUGCCAAUAAAGAACCUUUAUUUUCAAGAGUGCAGAACAAUUUUAGGUCCCACCAAGAACCUUUCAGUAAACAUUUCUUAAAAGAACCUUUUUUUUUUUUUUUACUUAGUGUGAAGAAUAUUUUAAAAAAGAACCUUUUUCCACCAUAAGGAAGGUUUUCACAAUGGAAAUGUUCCACAGAUGUUAAAGGUUCUUCAUGGAACCAUCAAUGCCAAUAAAGAACAUUUAUUUUUAUGUGUAAACAGUAAAAUGAGAACCCUAUUGGAUCUUUAUUAUAACCAUCACAUUUACAAGUAUGUUCACAAAUUAGUUUAUAUUGACAAAAUACUAAGUACUGAAUUUUAAUCUUUAAUCUAAAUGAUUCAUAUUAUGCAAACUAGCAGGAACUGUGCAUUUAAGUAAAAAGUGGGAAAAACUCAUGGCGAUUUGUAACUAUUUUACAUUUUGGCAAAUUAAUUUGAAUUUGUACAAUCUCAUUUGCAUGGUUUCACAAGAUCUAACGCCCCACUGAGUGGUAGACCUUCUUGCUUCAUUUAAAAAAAUUUUUUUAUAAGAAUUUAUACAAAAUCACCAACUUGUAAAAUAGUAUUUUCUCACGAGAUUGGAUUGGAAAGUACACAUUUUUCCUCUUUCAAUUCUUGUUUUGAAAAUGUGGAAUUCCUGCAAAUGUUUCUGUCUCAUAAUGGCUUUCUUAACUUUUAUUGACAAUAACAGAAACACAAUAAAAUGUCUGUCAUAUUACAA